GAGAAAGGGAAGAGAUGGAGGAGGAAGAGAGAAAGGCAGACAGGCGAACAGGAAGUUGUUGUAAAUAAGCGAGCGCUGUCUCCUCACUCUGUUUCCUUUAUCUGCUGUUCUCCGGAGAGUCCAAACUAAAAAAGUAACGGAACUAAUAAGUUGAGAUGAGAAAAGAGUUGACCAGUAGGAUGGACAGAUAGCAGGAGGAGGAAGUCAAGAUGUCGUUCUUUGGCGUGGACUGUGUAAAGAAAAAUGAGAGAGAGCUGGAGAGGAAACUCUGCGCCAAUGACCGCGAGUACAACCUCUCCUUUAAAUAUGCAACGAACGCCAUCAAGACCUCCAAGUACAACCCCUUCACCUUCCUGCCUCUUAACCUGUUUGAGCAGUUCCAGAGGAUUGCUAACGCCUACUUCCUGUUUCUGCUGGUGCUCCAGGUGAUUCCUCAGAUCUCCUCUCUGUCCUGGUUCACCACAGUCGUGCCUCUGGUCCUCGUGCUAACAGUCACCGCUGCCAAGGAUGCCACUGACGAUAUCAAUCGCCACAGGAGCGAUAAUCAAGUCAACAACAGAAAAGUUCAAGUCCUUAUUGACAGAAAACUGCGGAGCGAGAAAUGGAUGGACGUCCAAGUGGGAGACAUCAUCAAGCUGGAAAACAACCAGUUUGUCACCGCCGACCUCUUGUUGCUCUCCAGCAGUGAACCUCUCAACCUGGUGUACAUCGAGACAGCAGAGCUGGAUGGAGAGACUAACCUGAAGGUGAGACAGGCCCUGACUGUGACAGGAGACCUGGGAGAGGAUAGUGAAAAACUUGCAGACUUUAAUGGCGAGGUACGCUGUGAACCCCCCAACAACCGCCUGGACCGCUUCACAGGAACAUUAACCUACGCCGGUCAGAAAUACUCCCUGGACAACGAGAAGAUCCUGCUGCGAGGCUGCACCCUGAGGAACACCGAGUGGUGCUUUGGGCUGGUGCUGUUUGGAGGUCCAGAGUCCAAGCUGAUGCAGAACUGUGGGAAGAGCACGUUCAAGAGGACCAGCAUAGACCGACUGAUGAAUGUCCUAGUCCUUUGUAUCUUUGGUUUCCUGGCCUUCAUGUGCACCAUCCUGGCGAUAGGAAACUGCUUCUGGGAGCUGAACGAAGGCUCACAGUUCAUGGUCUUCCUGCCCAGACAAGAUGGAAACAAUGCUGCCUUCUCCGCCUUCCUCACAUUCUGGUCCUACGUCAUCAUCCUCAACACCGUGGUGCCCAUCUCUCUCUAUGUUAGUGUGGAGAUCAUUCGGCUUGGGAACAGCUUCUACAUCGACUGGGACAGGAAGAUGUACUAUUCACGGAACGACACCCCCGCCGAGGCCCGCACCACCACGCUGAACGAGGAGCUCGGCCAGAUCAAGUACGUCUUCAGUGACAAAACAGGGACGCUCACACAGAAUAUCAUGACCUUCAACAAGUGCACCAUUAACGGCAAAUCUUACGGGGAUGUGUAUGACUACACGGGUCAAAGACUAGACCUUUCUGAGCAUACAGAGACAGUGGACUUCUCCUUCAACCCGCUGGCUGACCCCCGCUUCAUGUUCUAUGACCACGCCCUGGUGGAGGCGGUGAAGCUGGAGAACCCAGAGGUCCACGCCUUCUUCAGACUGCUGGCUCUCUGCCACACCGUCAUGGCCGAGGAGAAGAAAGAAGGGGAGCUUUUCUAUCAGGCCCAGUCUCCAGAUGAGGGAGCAUUGGUAACGGCAGCCAGAAACUUUGGAUUUGUCUUCCGCUCGCGUACACCAGACAGCGUUUCCAUCGUGGAAAUGGGACAGCAGCGCAGCUAUGAACUCUUGGCCCUCCUGGAUUUCAACAACGUCCGCAAGAGGAUGUCCGUCAUAGUUCGGAGUCCAGAGGGGAAGCUCUCUCUCUACUGUAAAGGUGCAGACACGAUCAUCUACGAGAGGCUGCAUCAGUCCUGCAACAAGCUGAUGGACGUCACUACAGAGCACCUUAAUGAGUUUGCAGGGGAGGGCCUGCGGACUCUGGCGCUGGCCUAUAAGGAUCUGGAUGAGGAGUAUUUUAAUCAGUGGAAACAGCGCCACCAUGAGGCCAGCAUCGUGCUGGACGACCGAGAGAGCAAACUGGACGAGCUGUACGAGGAGAUAGAGAAGGACCUGCUGCUGCUUGGAGCAACAGCCAUAGAAGACAAGUUACAAGACGGAGUCCCGCAGACUAUCGAGCAGCUGUCCAAAGCCGACAUCAAAAUCUGGGUUUUGACUGGUGACAAGCAAGAAACUGCAGAAAACAUUGGGUACUCGUGCAACUUACUGCGGGAGGAGAUGAACGAGGUCUUCAUCGUCUCGGGCCACUCACCUGACGAUGUCAGACAGGAACUGAGAAAUGCACUGACCUCCAUGAAACCAGUGGAGGAUUCAGUGCUUCUGCCAGAAAGGACUCUGGGUAAAGGUGUGAAAGUGCUGACAGACGAGGUGGUGAAUGGAGAGUACGGCCUGGUCAUCAACGGACACAGCCUGGCGUACGCCCUGGAGCACAGCAUGGAGCUGGAGUUCCUGAGGAUGGCGUGUAUGUGUAAGGCGGUGAUCUGCUGCAGGGUCACUCCUCUGCAGAAGGCUCAGGUGGUCGAGUUGGUCAAGAAGUACAAGCAAGCGGUCACACUGGCCAUAGGAGAUGGAGCCAACGACGUCAGCAUGAUCAAAGCGGCUCAUAUAGGCGUGGGCAUCUCAGGCCAGGAGGGCAUGCAGGCCGUGCUGUCCAGCGACUACUCCUUCGCCCAGUUUCGCUUCCUGCAGCGCCUCCUGCUGGUGCACGGACGCUGGUCCUACCUGCGCAUGUGCAAGUUCCUGCGCUACUUCUUCUACAAGAACUUCACCUUCACCUUCGUCCACUUCUGGUACGCCUUCUUCUGCGGCUUCUCUGCACAGACGGUGUACGAUGAGUGGUUCAUAACACUCUACAAUCUGGUGUACACAGCACUGCCUGUCCUGGGAAUGAGUCUGUUUGAUCAGGAUGUGAACGACGUGUGGAGUUUCCAGCAUCCUCAGCUCUACGUCCCUGGUCAACUCAACCUGUACUUCAGCAAGAAGGCCUUCUUUAAGUGUGCCCUCCACAGCUGCUACAGCUCCUUGGUGCUCUUCUUCAUCCCCUACGCAGCCAUGCACGACACCGUGAGGGACGACGGGAAGGACGUCGCCGACUACCAGUCCUUCGCCCUCCUCACCCAGACAUGUCUGCUGUUUGCCGUCACAAUCCAGCUGGGUUUGGAGAUGUCUUACUGGACAGCGGUGAACACUUUCUUCGUGUUGGGCAGUCUGGCCAUGUACUUCGCUGUCACGUUCACCAUGUACAGUAACGGCAUGUUCCUCACGUUGCCGUCAGCCUUCUCUUUCAUAGGAACAGCCCGAAACUCUCUGAACCAGCCCAACAUUUGGCUGACUGUCCUCCUCACCUCCAUCCUGUGUAUCCUUCCUGUGGUUACCUACCGCUUCCUGUUCAUUCAGCUCUGCCCGACCAUCAAUGACAAGGUGAUGUUCAAGGUGAGACGGGCCAAAGCAACACCUGCCCCUCAGCCUCGCCGCACCCGCAUCGGCCGCACCAGCACCCGCCGCUCAGGCUACGCCUUCUCGCACGCGCAGGGCUACGGGGACCUGGUGACAUCGGGUCGCUUCCUGCGGCGUCCUGCUUUGUCGCGAUCUUCAGGUUUCGCCCAAGUGGGUCGCACCACCACGAUAUUCAGUCCCAUGGGACGAUCGGCUGGAUACAGCCCGACAGGACGCCCCCAGAACGCAAAGGUCCAGGAUGUGGAGGUGACGUCGCUGCAGAUGUACAGGACAAUCACAAAUCCUGCUCUCUGACAGACUGCGGCUUAAUUUCAAGAUCGAAGAUCUGAGAGAAGAAAUAAUAUCAACUGGACAACCGUUGGUGUUUGUACAUUUGUUACCAUGAAGAACUUGCUUGGGCUUUCCAGAGAACUUCAUGUCAAAGAUUUCUUUAUGAUUCGUCUCUUGUCUGCACAAUCAUCCAAGACGAGGUUUUAUAAAGUACGUGAGCAUUUUAUUUUGUAACAGUUUUAUCAAAGGGAACUACAGCAAAAUGUGUCGCCACUUGUGAUGGAUGGCUUUGCUUAGAUCAUGAGUGUUCAUGUAAAACAUGCCUCAUGCAGAGCCAACAGAUGAGAGGUUUCUGGCACUAGAAACAGUAACAGGGUGAUUCACUUUCCGAUAGGAACAACCACAGAACCAAGGGAAACAUUUUGGCUUCAUUAGAAGGACAAAGUGUCAUCAUGUUUACAGACUACCCAGAUUUCCUAAACCCUGGGAGUCCAGAUGCACAGCAGGGCUUUGUACAGAGGAUACAACCAGCCAUUUUCCAGCAAAAUAUUCUUAUUUUCGCAUAAGAGUAUUUGAAAUUUACUUUAGAUGUCUUUUUUAAAGCGUUUUAUUUCGCUAUCUUGAAAGCUGUUAGCACUUUGACAGUGGGAGAUAGCUCGGUUAUGGCAAGAAUUUAAAACAAUUGCAGGAUAAUUGGCCCAUCCAACUUUUUUUGGAAUUAGUUUCUCCCUACAGUAUGUUUCGACCACUUUCUGUUCCCUGAAACAAUUUCAUGCAACUUAAAUGAAUUUUGGAAAUCAAAAAUGUUUCUGUGUAGCAUAUUCUAUUUUUGAUUUUCACUCAAAACACAUUUAAAUUACAAUCCUCAGAACAACUGUGCAAUGAGACAUACUUCAUACUUAAAGGGUUCAAGUUAUAGUUUUAUUAUUGGUUGGAAAAUAACUGGAGAUGCACAAUAUAUAUCGGGCCGAUAAUACAAAGCCAAAUUGCUUUGAUUGACUUAAGAAUGUACACAGUUAGACACAAUAGGGCGGUAUGCCCCUUUAAAGCUGGUUUUAUGACCUGCCAAUAAACAAGAAGAAGAAGUGCAGCACACUGACUAGAGACCUAAACAUGUUGUCCCAGUGUAGACAUUUUUCACAGUUUCAAAGGAUGACAACAUGAUUGCGAUACAAGUUUGUUGAUGUACUUAACUAGAAAAAAUACUUUAUUGUCAGAUAAAUCAUUUUGAUUUUUUAAUUGUAACAACUGUGAGCCCUGUUCACGUAUUGUACGUAGAUAUCGUGCAGCAUAAAUCAGAAUGAUUUGAAACUACAUUUUAAAAUAAUUUUUAUCAGAUACUGCAUCAUAUCAUAUUGAGAAAUUAUUUCAAAAUCAUGUAUUUGCUUUAGCAACAAGAAUGCUGCUGUGUUUGACAAUCAACUUGAUAGUUAGCAGUAUUUCUAAUAAAAAAUGUUUUAUCAUGUUUCUCUUUUCACCUUGCUGAAAAUAUGAGCUAACACAGACUCUGCCGUGUAUAUAUAUAUAUAUAUAUAUAAACAAACAAAAUCAUUCCUAUAAUAUGCAGUGCAGAAACAGCGAGGACAAGAAUGUUUGAUGGAAGUUAAAAAAUGGUGUUAAAAAAUAUGUUUUAUACCCAGUCGCAGACUAGCAAUGUUAUUAUGUGAAGCAAACUUUAUAUAAUCAGGUAGUUUUUGAAAUUCCACGUUGGUUGUUUCAGGAGUGACAGCUGGUCCGUCCGUGGCAUCCAUCUUUAAUUUAUUAUUUGGAGUGUUAAGGUUUAAAGAAUAGUCCAAAUUGAAAUGGUUUUAUUAUUGUACAAUAAUAAUAUUUAAUUCCUGCCCAUAUCUUUUCUUUUCCAUGUCUCAUGAUAUCCAUGCAUAGGCAAUUAGAGGUUUAAUUUGCUCAUCAGAUUUUCAUCUACACUUGAAUUAAAACGAUCAAGACGGCCAUAAAGUGUAGCGUUUGUAUCCAAAACACCUGUUACAGCACGUGAUUCAGUCAGUUGUUGCUCAGAAAUGAAUUUACUCAGCCCACUAACCCUUGUGCUGAACCAAAGAUUUUUUUUUCCCCCAGACUUUGUGUGCCGUAGUUUACUCUAAAGUAAUAGCUGCUCAUCCAACAGUCUGAUGCUGCAGGUCCGUGUAGUGAAGCUGGUUUGCACCACUGACAACACCAGUUGUUAUUUACUGCAAAGUGUUCUUCAUGGAAGUGUCUAAAUUCAAAAGUUGAAUAUUCAGAAGAUACUCCAUGUUUGUAAAAGUGUUUCUCUAAUUGGAUCUUUGCCCAAGUGUCUCUUUUUUGUUUGUUUUUAUCAAAUUAUUAAUGUUUACAGUGGGGAAUGUUCUGGAAGCUAUGUUAUGUUGCCUUUAGCAAAUUCACAUGCAGCAGAGCUUUGUCUGCUGUAUUAAAGCAGAAUAAAUAAAUUAGGAGUGGCCACUACACAGCCCUCUGCAUGUCUUUUUACAGUAUUUCUGUGCUACUAAAAUAAAUUGAAGCCAUAAUGAAAACUUUGGAUAUUUAUCAGUAUAUUA